CAGGGACCAGGAGAAGAUGGAUUGAAAGUGGUGUUGAAUGAGGAAGAGCAGAAGGAAGCGGACAAGUUGUUUGCUAAAGAAACUUACAACGUGAUUGCCAGUGAGAAAGUUGCCAUGGACAGAAGAUUGGUUGAUAUCAGACAUCCAGAUUGCAAAACGAAGAUUUACCCAAAAAAAUUGCCAAAAGCAAGUGUGAUUAUAAUAUUUUGCAAUGAGGCUCCCUCUGGAUUGCUACGAACAGUGCACAGUGUGGUAAACAGAUCACCUCCUGAAUACUUGCAUGAAGUUGUGCUGGUUGAUGAUAACAGUGAUAGACCUGAACUGCAGGAGCCCCUAGAGAAGAACAUAUCGACAUCGUGGCCUGAUGGCAUUGUGAAGUUGGUGAGGUCUCCGAAGAGAUUGGGUCUGAUCAGGGCAAAGAUUCUUGGAGCGAAAGAAUCAACUGGAGAAGUCCUCGUGUUCUUGGAUGCACACUGUGAAGCUAAUGAUUAUUGGUUAGAACCAAUUUUAGCUCGCAUACAAGAGAAGCCGAACGUAGUGCUCUGCCCCGCAGUGGACUUGAUAGACGACAAGAACAUGGAGUACUCGAGGAAUGGGGGUAUCAGCGUCGGGGGCUUCACUUGGAGCCUCCAUUUCACGUGGAGGUCUGUUCCUGAGAAGGAGAAAAAAAUUAGAAAAAGUGAUGCAGACCCUGUCAGGUCUCCUACAAUGGCUGGCGGAUUGCUUGCAGUUGGUAGGGAUUUCUUUUUCCACAUAGGAGCAUAUGACCCUGGUAUGUUCACAUGGGGAGGUGAAAAUCUGGAAUUGUCAUUCAGGACGUGGAUGUGUGGAGGUGAAUUGGAGUUUCUUCCAUGUUCGAGGGUUGGACAUAUUUUUAGAGCUGCUCAUCCCUAUAAAUUUGAUCAUUCCGACAGCCAUGGGUACAACUCAAAAAGACUAGCGGAGGUGUGGAUGGAUGAAUACAAAAGACUCUUUUAUAAUCAUCGUUCUGAUCUGAGGAAUUCUGACGCUGGAAACUUCACUGACAGAAUUGAGCUGAGAAAAAAACUGAAUUGCAAGUCAUUUAAAUGGUAUCUUGAUAAUGUGUUCCCUGAGCAGUUCAUUAUUGAUGAGAACUCACAAGCUUAUGGAAUGGUUAGAUUAUUUUCAGUAAGAAACCCAGAAUCAAAUCUUUGUCUUGAUACAUUAUCCAGAAAUCACAAGGUCGAUCCUUAUAUCGGAGUAUUUCCUUGUUCAGGAGGUCUUAGCCACAAUCAAAUGUUCGCACUUAGUCAGAUCAAUGAACUGCGGAUGGAGGAAGUGUGUGCCGAUGUAGUGGGCGAACGAGGGGCUAGAGUCAAGUUGAUGGACUGUCACGAACUGAGGGGCAACCAGCUCUGGAACUAUAACAGGGACACGAAGCAGUUGAAGCAUGCCAGUGGCUGGUGUUUGGACGUGGGUGGAAUGAAGAUGAAUGACAACAUUAAGUUGAAUGACUGCUCAGCUGCUGGCAGUCAGAAGUGGGAAUUUGAACAUGUCCUCAAAUUCAUAUGAUUCCAUCUCUUUCUCCUGUGCUUUUUGUUGGUUGGUGGUAUGCACAUGGCAUGUCACUGCAAUUAUUAUUUUUCUGUUUAUUUUUCAGUAAUUUGGGUUGUUUAUUUGCAUUAGUUACCCCAGACACAAAACGUUAACACCGCACUUAUGUAUUUGUUGUGUGUUUUUUGUUUUCGAUUAGCAUUUGUAUGUAUGAAUGUUUCUUGGUGACGAUUUAAGUUUUAAGACGAGAGUUUGAUGGCAUUAUUUAAUGUUUUUUUAAUUCAUCAGGAUAUUAUGGGUAUCAUUUAAUUUUUAAAUUUUGAACUGAACAUCAGGCGAUAUAUUUUCUUAAAUAUUGUAAAUAGCUGCGUCUGUUUCACGUUUAACGCACAAGUACCAGCGCACACGAUUGUACGACCAAAAUUAAUGCUAGAGGAUACAAUUUUUCACUCUCUCAUUUUAUUUCUUUGUGGAUGACACUUCUUCGUUUAGCGUCCAGAGACCCAGUUCCCCCGAGGUAGGACGUUGUUUUCUU